AUGCAGUCACUAGAAAAUGUGCUGAUAAACAACGACUUUAUUUACGAGACAUGGGAAGAACCCGGAACAGAGAUCGUAACAGAGAUCUUCUUUCUUCAUCGGGACUCGAGAGUCAUGUGGCGUGCAUUCCCCCACGUCAUGAUGAUCGAUGCGACGUACAAGACAAACAUAUACAAUAUGCCCUUUAUUCAGAUUGUUGGUAUGACGCCUACCAACAAAUCGUUUAUUAUCGCGCAUGCCGUUGUUAGUAAAGAACGAGGUGAUAACUUUGUGUGGGUGCUUAAGAGGGUUAAGUCAAUGUUGGAUGAAUGUAUGGAGCCACGUGUGAUUUUAACGGAUAGAGACCUAGCCCUUAUGGGCGCGUGUGCUAAAGUAUUUCCAGACGCCUCCAGGCUUCUUUGCAGGUGGCACAUACAACAGAAUGUUAUGAAGCACUGCAAGGGAGUCUUUAAAUACGUGUACGAUAACUGGCUAAAAGACUAUAAGGAGAUGUUUGUCUUUGCGUGGACUGAUAAGAGGCGCAACUUUGGUAAUCGUACUACAAACAGAGUUGAAAGCCAACACGCCAACUUAAAGAGAUACGUCCUAGAUAGGAGCUCGCUGGACCGUGUGGUUGGUUGUGUCCGGGAUAUAGUUGAGACACAGUUCGGUGAAAUAAGGAAGACUUUUCGAGAAAGCAUCGAAAAAACAAUGAAACACCACAAACACCCGAUGUUUCAACACCUACUUGGAAAAGUAUCCCAUACAGCCCUUGACUUGUUGCAUGGAGAGGCAAUUAGGAAGCUAGAUGUCUUGGAGCGCUUUAAUUCAUCAUGUGGUUGCCAAAUGUGGCAUAGCUAUGGGUUGCCCUGUGCUUGUAGGAUAGAAAAGUACAUGCGUGAAGAGCGUCCGAUUCAACUCGAAGACAUAGACGUCUUCUGGCGGAAACUUAACUUCCAUAGUUGUAAAUUGAUAGACGACUCCGUUGACGUGGUCGAAGAGCUAGAUGUUGUUAGACAACAAUUACAGUUGCACCCCCCAGCUCAGCAAAAAAGCCUGAUUUCAAAGAUUAAAGCGGUGUUGACUCCAACGAAAUCUACCAAGAAACCACCGGUUGUCCAACAAAAUACUCGUGGCCGACCAACAACAAAGCAGGUACAAGAAAGGUUGGACGAGGCCUCUCGUAUAGAUGAAGAAUUGAGGAGAAGCUCCUUCGGUGAUGCAAACACGUGCUUUGAAGGUUCACGACAAAGUAAGUACGAUAAACCUCGCCACAGCUCGUACGUUCCGUCUCAGGCCUCACAACAGUCGGUUAUAAGGUCCCAAAAACUCAAAGCGAGCCUAAGCCGUUCAAAGAGUUCUAAGAAGAAAGAGACACGAGAUGAUCACGGUUUUCCUUUAAUCAUUGGGGACGAGUACGUGGGAAUCAUCGAACGGUUUAAGUCUGCCAUUCCGCCAGUGUUCCAUCCGUACGUCUCGUGCAUACGAGAUGUGAUGCCGGACGGUCAUUGUGGGUUUCGGUCUGUGGCUGUGGGCUUAGGGAUGGAUAAGAGUUCAUGGGGGCUUAUUAGAAGGGACCUUGUCCAAGAAAUGGAUCAGAACGAAUCGAUCUGGUUCCCAAUAUUUGAAGCAUGGGCUGAAGGUUAUUUUUACACGCAUCGUCAGGGCCUAAUUUGGGAUUCAGUGGCCGGUUGUGGGGAGAAUCACUGGAUGGACUUCCCCUUUGCAGGACUUCUUAUUGCACAAACGUACGGUAUCGGGGUGCACCUGUUAACGACAACCAUGGGUGUGAGUUCCACUUACUUCCCAAUACUAAGUCCUCCGGCUAAUCAACAACCAUUAUUCAUAACGCUUACAUGUUAA